AUGACGGCCCCCAGCGACCUGAUUCUUGAACCAGUGACCCUUGAAGACGUCGCCGCCCUAACAGAGGUCUGGUUCGCUGCCUUCGCGCACGACCCAGCAAUCAACCGCCUCUGGCCCGACACGCCUCUCGUACGGGCGUGGUGGGACGGCGCCAACCGCAGUGACAUUGUCGCCAAGCCGUUCCAGCGGUUCGUCAAAGUUGUCGACCCGAACAUCGCGGACGCCCGCGGGAGAGCGAGGAUAGCUGCCUGGGCCAAGUGGGACACCUCCAUGCCCGGGCAGAGGGGGCGUCGUUAUCCUCCUUGGUGCGAGGACAUGCCGGGGGAGGUCUGCGAUGCUUUUAUAGAGAGCGAAGAGAGGGAAAGGGGACGGUUGAUGGGGGAGGAGAACCAUUAUUAUUUGGACACGUUGGUGACGCACCCGGAUUAUCAGCGACGAGGUGCCGGGUCGAUGCUAUUGAAAUGGGGGUGUGAGCUUGCAGAUGAAAACGGGAUUGGAGCCUACGUCGACUCUAGCAAGGCCGGCAGGGGGCUCUACGAAAGGUUUGGGUUCGUGGAUAUGAGCGAAGGUGAUGCAGGCGAGGUUGCGUCGAUGGUGAGGCGACGGCGUUCCCAAGACUCCUGUUGUCUACCAGCCAAGUGUUAG